CGGAGAUCGCACACACCCCACAUGCAUCAUCGCACUUCGGCGGAGACGCCUCUCUGGACAACACGGGUUGGCUCGGCAACUCCUGCUGCUGCUACUGCCGAGCACUCAUUUCCUCCCGUCUGUCUGGUCGGCGGCGCUGCCCUCUUCUUGUCUUGUCGCGAUUUGUGGAAGCCCGCUGCGAUCUGCUCGAGCGACUUGCCGGAUGUCUCGGGCACACUGACGAUGGUGAAGAGCAGCACCAGGAAGGUGAAACCACCGAACAGCAAGAACGUGCCUGCAGUGAAUGAAUGGGACAGCAGGCUCGUUGAUGAUGAGUUGUUUGGCUGGGCAGCUGUUCUGAGCCAUCCCUUCCUCCCUCCCUGCCUCCCUGCCUCCCUGGCAAGUCAAUAGGUACCUGCGAUGGAGAGGGUGUUGAACAGUGUCUCGAAUGUCGCCCCUGUGCAGAAUGCCAGAGCCCAGAAGGCAACCACCACGAUGCCCAUCCCAAACCCCCUCAAGUGGGAUGGCAGCACCUCCGACGCCACGACGUACAUCAAACCCGCCCUGACAGCAAACAGCAGCCCAGCCAAGGGAUAGACACAUCCAUCCAUCCAUCUGUCCAUGUCUGCUUCCUGCGUGUCUCACCACCCGCCCACCCACCAACCCACCAGCAUAGGUUCCAGAAGAACAUGUAUAGGAGCAUGGCCACGACCGACACUGCUGCAGCACUAGACCACGCGCCCGCCAUGGCGAAGGCCGACGCAAACAGCAGGUGGCACAUUAGCAUGCCUGAGGAGAAACGAGCACAAGGAUAGUACGGGGGCCCCUCCCUCCCUCCCUCCCUAUGUCCCCUUGCACAUCUAUGUACCUGCUGUGCCUGCGAUGAGGAGGGUCUUCCUGCCCAAUUGGUCGACGGUGAGAAAGGUGACAAACACGCCGAUUGUCUGCACUAAUCCAGGCAUACAUCCACAAGAGAAGGCAGGCAGGCAGGCCCACCUUGACAAGUCCAAUGCCCACACCUGCGACAUACAUAGAUCAGCACGGGCACACCCACAAAUCUCCACAAGGGAGCUCAGCAAUUGGAGGCAGAUAGAUGCAGCCGAAUCGUACCUGCGAUGUAGCUGCUCCUCGCCGACACGCCUGCCAGCAUCAAUACGUCGGUCGAGUACGGCAGCACCGCGGGCGCCCCAGUCAUAUUCUGAGACCACACAAACAAACAAACAGCAUUCCUGCCAUCUGUGCGAAGGGGACCCCCUGUCCGCGUUUUCCUGACUGACAUUCGCAGCGGCACAUCCGACAGCGAUGGCAAGCUCCGUCCUGUGACGCCGCAACUGACGCCCCAGCCUACACACAGACAUAGACACGCCACGCCCAGUUCUGCUGGUUAACCGGCACGGUGAAUGUCUCACAUACGUGACUUGGAGCAUCGCCCCCACAUUGUCCAUUUCCCCCUGACCAUCGCCUUGAUCGCCCUUCGUCAAGGGAGUCGCCUCGCCUACUGCUGCUGCUUCUGUCGGCUGCUGCUGCUGCUGCUGCUCUUGCUCCUCCUUCUGCUGCGGUGAAUGCUGUUUGCUGGCUUCAAAGGGGUCGGGAAAGACGUGUGAGAAGUCGAAUGUGCCCAUUCGCGACUGAAGGCUGCCCCGGCGCGUGAGGGCCUCUGCGCGUCGCUUCUCGCGGAUCAUGGCGUGCAGCUGUGUGUCGAUGUCCUCCUGAGCUGCCCCCAGCUUGAGCAUGGUCUCCUUGGCGACGUCGACACGACCCUGGAUGACUAACCUGCACACAAGAAAACGCAGACGACUGACUCAUGGAGGAUUCUUGCGUUGGCGUGACGUUGGCUGCCUGACCAUCGCGGGCUCUCAGGCAGCAGGAUCAGCCCAAUCGCCUGAUGUGUCGAGAAGACAGGAGGCCAAUGCACCCCCUGGACACGUAUACAUCAUGGCAUACCCCCACCCACACACCAUACCUGCAGGAGUCCGGCAAUGGCCACCGCCCCGAGCAGUACCCGCCAGUAGGGGGCCGGGUCGGUCAGCAUCGCCGCCACACCGAAGCUACACAUCACUCCCAAACACUGGCAAAUUUCCUGAUUGAUUGCGACAAACGAAUGUACAGCCAGCCCGCCGUGGACAAAGACAGUCUUCUCUGCACCUCACUCACCUGGCAGAGAACAAGCUGCCCUCUCUCCCUCUCGGGCGCUAUCUCGGCCACAUAAGUCGAAAAGGUCACCAUACCGAUACCCACACCCACGCCAACCUGACAAGGCACAUAGAAAGAGGUGUCCUGCCGAGUCCCCGAGCACCGCCACUUUCCAUCCCUCCCUCUCUACACCCACUGACAAUGAAUCUUCCGGCCAGGAGGAUCCAGUACCGCUGCGCCACCGCCAUGAGCACUGCAGCAAUCACGAUGCAGCCAUCAGAUAUGCCCAUCGACACCACGCGGCUCAUAUCCUUGGCCAGAGAUCCCGCGAACAGGGCGCCAACCACUGCUCCCGGCGCAGGCAGGGCGACCAUGAGCUGUUUCUCGAAGCACGAGAAGGCGCCGCCGCACAGAUUGAACUCAAGCCGAACCGGCUCCAGGAUGAUGGCAACCACCGACAGAUCAUAGCCCAGCAGCAGACCUGCAGGCCGCAGCGGAAGACAGAGGGAAAGAGAAUCUGGGAAUGAGGUCCGUUUCUUUGUGCAGAUAGCCGUGCCAACCUGUCAGGGCGGUGAACCCGACCACAAAGUACAGCAGUAAGGGCUUGUUAUCUGCCAUCUCUGUUGGGCGUUUACG